AUCUGCCUUUAAAGAAUCCUCCCCGACCCACUAUUACAUACCACCAACCCCAUGAUUUUCCUUUGGUACCUUUUUUUAUUUCCUUUUUAAUAUAUAUUAUAUUAUAUGAAUUUCUGAAAAAUAUUAUAUCUUUUAUUACAUAAAGACUAUAACUUUUUCUUUGUUAGAUUAAUUGGGUAAUGCCCACUUCAUUUCUCAGAUUCUGUUAAAGCUGAAAAUCCAAGGAGCCUUUUUUUGUAGAAGAUUUGAUUUUAGGAAAUGAGAAGAGGAGGGCUAUGGAAGCUUGGGCAAUCAGUUACUAGGCGCCUCGCUCAAUCUGAGAAGAAUCUUGUUGCUCGACGAUUUUUUGCCAGUGAGGGAGAUCUUAAGAAGACAGCUCUUUAUGACUUCCAUGUUGCAAAUGGUGGGAAAAUGGUUCCUUUUGCUGGUUGGAGCAUGCCAAUUCAGUACAAGGACUCGAUUAUGGAUUCGACUGUGAACUGUAGAGAAAAUGGUAGUCUUUUUGAUGUUGCUCAUAUGUGUGGAUUGAGCCUCAAAGGGAAGGAUUGCAUUCCUUUCCUCGAAAAACUUGUUAUUGGUGAUAUUGCAGGGCUUGCCCCAGGCACCGGAACAUUAUCAGUAUUCACUAAUGAGAAGGGUGGAUCAAUCGAUGACACGGUAAUCACCAAAGUGAAGGAUGAUCACAUAUAUUUGGUUGUGAAUGCGGGUUGUAGAGAUAAGGAUUUGGCUCAUAUCGAGGAGCAUAUGAAGGUAUUCAAAUUAAAAGGCGGUGAUGUCUCGUGGCACAUUCAUGAUGAACGAUCUCUUCUUGCUUUGCAGGGUCCUCUUGCUGCCCCGGUUCUACAACAUUUAACUAAAUUUGACCUAAGCAAGUAUUACUUUGGAGAGUUCUGUAUGCUAGACAUCAAUGGAUUCCCCUGCUAUCUCACUAGGACGGGAUAUACCGGUGAAGAUGGUUUCGAAAUUUCAGUUCCCAAUGAGUAUGCUGUGGACCUUGCUAAGCAAAUCUUGGACAAAUCCGAAGGCAAGGUAAGACUCACCGGAUUGGGUGCUAGAGACAGCCUGAGGCUUGAGGCUGGAUUAUGUCUGUAUGGUAAUGACCUUGAACAGCACAUUACACCAAUUGAGGCCGGACUAACGUGGGCUGUCGGAAAGAGGAGAAGAGAAGAAGGCGGUUUCCUUGGUGCUGAAGUGAUCCUUAAACAAAUUGCCGAUGGCCCUCCAAAACGGCGUGUUGGGUUUAUCUCGUCAGGGCCACCUGCUAGAAGUCACUGUGAAAUUCAGAAUGAAAAAGGAGAAAACAUCGGUGAAAUCACCAGCGGAGGAUUUAGCCCUUGCCUUAAGAAAAACAUAGCCAUGGGUUAUGUCAAGUCAGGAAACCACAAGGCUGGCACCAAGGUUAACAUUCUGGUACGAGGAAAAUCCUACGAAGGUGUUGUUACUAAAAUGCCGUUUGUUCCUACAAAGUACUACAAGCCAUCGUAAUUUUCUGGUUCUAAAAUCCGUUCUCAUCUUUAAUAUGGUAACCAAACUCAGUCCAUGAAUGUUUUACUUGUUCCUGAAAUUUCUAGUCGGACUGUAAAAUUUGUUUUCCUGCUACAUUUAGUCAUAGUUUGAAAUAAUCAGAAUGCCUCUGAUGAAUUGAUUCUUCA